AUGAAGAGCAAGCCCGACCUGGAGGGAGACAUCUCCUACAUCAAGACGCCCAAGGCUGCACCAUCGGCCUUUGAGCAGGUGGAUUGCGGCGUCCCCAUCACGAAUUCACCGGCCAUUCACAAUGCUCCGCUGCCGGCUGAAGGUGCUGGAAAUGAGAGCUUUUCCAACAUUGUGCUUGGUGUCCUCUUGUUGGGCGUGCCAUACCUGAUGAGCCGCUUCAUCGGCGGCGGCCUCAAGACCACCAUCUUUUUUGCCAUUCUUACGCUCUUCCCCAUCCUCAUCGCCUACUGGACCUACACAUCCAAUUUUAGCCCGCGCAUCAAUGAGAAUGUCAAGUUGCCUGGCCGCCCCAUUGAGUCGUAUGUGACCUUCAAGGACGCGGCCGACCAGGCCAAAUGGAGCGGCACCAACAAGGUGCCAAUCCAGACAUUUUCUGAAAUGUACAUUGACGGCAAGGCCGAUUUCAAGGGAGACGUCCUGGACAUCCUCGAGUACCGUCACGACUGGUCCAAGUUUAGCUUUACCAAGGACCUCUUCAAGUUCAUUCUGUUUACGUUUGGCCCCGACGUCCUCUUCCACACAAAGGACCAGGACAUGGAGCAAAUCCGCCCCAACUACGAUUCCGGAAACGACCACUACGCCUGGUUCCUCGGCCCUCGCAUGAUUUACACCAGCGGCAUCAUCUCCGACACCACCCGUGAGGAGACUUUGGAGGAGCUCCAGGACAACAAAAUGGCCAUUGUGUGCGAGAAGCUUGAGCUCAAGGAGGGCGAGACCCUCUUGGACAUUGGAUCGGGCUGGGGCACGCUCGCCAAGUUUGCCAGCGUAAACUACGGAGCCAAGGUCACCGGCAUCACCAUUGCUGAGAACGGAGCCGCUUGGGGCAACGAUGUCCUUCGAAAUGCCGGCGUGCCCGAGGAGCAGAGCAGGAUUCUGUGCAUGGAUUACCGUGAUGCGCCAAAGCAAAAGUACAACAAGAUUUCUCAGCUCGAAAUGGGUGAGCAUGUCGGCGUUCGAAAGCUCACCACCUUUUUCCGACAGUGCUACGAAAUGCUCGAAGAUGACGGCGCCAUGUACGUCCAACUCUCUGGUCUUCGACAGGCCUGGCAGUAUGAAGACUUCAUCUGGGGUCUGUUCCUCAACAAGUACAUCUUCCGCGGCGCCGAUGCCUCGACUCCUCUUUGGAACUACGUCCGGUCCCUGGAGAGCGCAGGCUUCGAGGUCAAGAGCGUGGAUACAGUCGGCGUGCACUACUCUGCCACUCUUUGGCGCUGGUACCGCAACUGGGUAGGAAAUGCCGACACCAUCACGGCCAAGUAUGGACAACGCUGGUACAGAAUUUGGGAGCUUUUCCUCGCUUGGUCCGUCAUUGCUUCUCGCCAGGGCAGCGCCACGUGCUUCCAGAUUCUUGUGGUGAAGAACCUCAACUCCGUCCACCGCAUCAACGGCGUUGGCUCGCAGCACGGCCUUUCUGGAGCUUUGGCCGCCAGCCGUGCAGCUGGCAAGGCUAGUCUCCCCAAGUAA